AUGCCCAAGGCCCCUCGCAAGUCACGAAGCGCCGGCAAAAAGAAGAGAGCCACUCCUUUCGAAUCUACCGCUAUGGACGUCGAUACAGUAGUGGAGGCCGAUGCCGCUCUCGAGGAGGAACAACCUGAUUCCCAGAAGGUGCCAGCGCAGAAUGCUGAGACUGAUGGGGAUAAGACCGUCUCCAAUCACGAGAUAUUCCGAAGGCACACUGAAGAGUGGAAGAAAAUGAAGGUUCAAGUGGCCGAUCUUAAGAGGCAGCGAAUGAGGUUGCCCAAGAAGGGUAAUAAGGACAAGAAGAAGCUGAUAAGUCAGGAGAUCAAAAAGCUCGUUGCUGAUCUCCAAGAGAAGCAUGAUCGGGAACUUGAGGAAGCAGGCAUUGUGAGUGGCUCUGUGAAGUACAAAAGGAUGGACAUUGAUGUGAACGAUGAGGACUCUAUCUAA